AUGGGGUGCGUGCACUCCAAGCCGCCGCGAGCGGACCAGGGCGCGGCGGUCGCGCUCUGCCGGGACCGCUCCGCGCUGCUCGCCGAGGCCAUCCGCCACCGCUACGCGCUCGCCGACGCCCACCGCGCCUACGCCGCCUCGCUGCGCGCCGCUGGCGCCGCGCUGCACGACUUCCUCCGUGUGCAACCACCGCCGCCGCCUGAGCCCACCGUGCCGAUCCUGCACGUGCGCCUCGCCGAGCACCGGAAGGGGGACCCGCUCCCCGCCGCGGCGCCACCCGUCCCUGCCGCGGCCAAACUGGUCGAUGACGAUGGCGGCGGCCACAUUCGCUUCCCCUCGGACGACGACGAAGAGGGCUCCGACGACGCGCACAUCAGCUUCCCGUCCUCCUCCUCCUCCUCCGAGGACGAAGCCGAGCCACGUGUCCCCCGCUCCGAGCUCGUCCCGCCCGCGACACCGGCGCCGACUCGGGCAGCUCAGCCGUACGGUGUUGGAUACGCUCCGCAGCUGUACAGCUACGGCGCCGGCCCCGCGUAUGGGUACGGCGGCGACAUUGGUGGCUACGACCAGAGCUUCUUCAACUGCAGUUAUGCCCGCAGCCGGCCGCCGCCACCGUCCGUGCCAUACGAGCACCGGCCCCAGUCCACCAAUGCCACCGUCCAGUACUACCCCGGUUCAUACUACGGCGGCUAUCAUUACCCCCACGGCAGUGGCUUGCAUCAGGUGGCAGCCUCCUCCUGCGCGGGGGCUGGGCCACCGCCUUCGCCGCCGCGUGUGUCCACCUGGGAAUUCCUCAACCCGUUUGAGUCAGUCGAAAGCUACUACGGGGAGGAACCGACUGCUGCUGUGGUGUUGGCGACGUCCACGCCAAGCACAAGCUCCAAGGAUGCGCAAGAGGAGGUUGUCAUCCCGAAAUUGGAGGAUGAGGAGGUGCAAGAAAAUGUCGUCAAUGGCAACACUGGUAAGGUUCGGUUGGCCAAGGAGGAAGAGAGGAGCAAUGCCAGUGAGGAGCAACACAGCAAGUCCAUGUCGCCGGAGGCGAACAAUAACACUGCAAGUGGCAUGGUUCAUGAUGUGCAUGUAGUGGAGAAGAGUGUGGUGGAAGAACAUCUGCAGCAUUCCGCUACCGAUGGGUUGCCUGAGGUUUCAGGGAAGGCGUACAAUGACAAUGUCGAGGUGGCGCACGAGAUCAAGCUGCAGUUUGAGCUCGCCGCCAAGUCUGCAGCUGAGGUGUCCAAGAUGCUUGAGGUUGGGAAGAUGCCUUACUGCCAGAAGAAAUCAGGACUGAAAGUAUCCUCCUCCAUGAUGAUCUGUGGGCAGCCUUCAAUCGGUGAGGAGUUCCUGCAGUUUCAGGAGGAGAAAGCUAUGGAGUGGGGCAACAUUUCUUCCACAUUGCAGAAGCUGUACAUGUGGGAGAAGAAGCUUCUUGAGGAACUCAAGACCGAGGAGAAGAUGAGAGGGCAAUAUGAUAAAAAACGGGAGGAGCUGAAAGCUCUGUAUGAGAGAGGUGCUGAAGCUCAGAAGCUUGAGGCAAUUGAAAUUUAUACCAGGAAGCUAUCAACAAAAAUUAGCGUUGCCCUUCAAAUUGUCAAUGCGAUCUCAAAGAAGAUUAAUAAGUUGAGAGAUGAAGAACUAUGGCCGCAAACAUGUGAGCUGAUUCAAGGGUAUGCAAUGUGUAUCUCUUUCUAA